AUGGCUGAUAACAUCUGGGCUGUGCCGCUGGCGCUGUCGAAUUUCAAUAUCGUGGUUGCUGUUUUGGGGGGGUUUAUAUCGCUGUUUGGGCUGGUGUCGUAUCUCUUGAAAGAGAAUUACUAUCUAUCUGAAGCUCUCAUAUCUCUUUUAAUUGGGGUUGCCCUCGGCCCUCAUGGCGCCAACUUCAUCCGCCCAGAUGCCUAUGCUGGAUGCAGCACGUCUGCCAUCAGCGAAGCCGACUGUAUUGACCAACGGCUGGGAAACAUUACGCUCAAUUUCUCCAGGCUCGUCCUUGGCGUCCAGCUGGUCAUUGCUGGCGUUCAACUGCCUAGCAAAUACCUCUGGAGAGAGCGCAAGUCUCUCAUGUUGCUGCUCGGCCCUGCCAUGACAUUAAUGUGGCUUACAACGAGCUUUCUGGUCUGGGCCCUUGCCGGGAUGCCAAACUUCUUGCAUGCCCUGGCCGUGGGUGCUUGCGUCACGCCCACGGAUCCUGUGUUGUCUGCUGUUAUUGUCAAGGGAAAGUUUGCUGAUAACAACAUCCCCAAGGAACUGCAGAACCUCAUCGUUGCCGAAUCUGGCGCGAAUGACGGGUUGGGCUACCCUUUCCUAUUCUUUGCCUUGUAUUUGAUCAAGUAUGUUGGUUCUGGUGCUACUUCUGGCGGAGCUGGGAAUGCCAUGGGGCUCUGGUUCGCUUAUACUUGGGCUUAUACCAUCAUCCUGAGUGUCAUCUACGGCGCUGUUGUGGGAUUGGUAGCAAAGGAGCUGCUCCGUUGGGCCGUGAAGCGCAACUAUGUCGAUCGAGAAAGUUUCUUGGUCUCUGCCGUAUCUUUGGCAUUGUUCGUUCUCGGUACGUGCGGGCUAAUUGGCACAGACGACGUUCUCGCCUGCUUCAUUGCCGGAAAUGCAUUUACUUGGGAUGAUUGGUUCCGUCUCGAAACGCUGGAUGACUCGCUGCAGCCUACGGUAGACAUGCUCCUCAACGUUUCCAUCUUUCUGUGGUACGGGGCCUACUUGCCGUGGACUGAGUUCCGCUACAACUCCCUGAUCCCUAUAUACAAGCUCGUGCCGCUUGGCAUCCUGGUGAUGCUCGUGAGGCGGCUGCCCUGGAUCUAUGGGCUGCAUAAAUGGAUCCACCAAAUCACAGAGAGGCACCAGGCUCUCUUUGUGGGAUUCUUUGGCCCCAUUGGCGUGUCGGCGGUGUUUUAUCUCUUCAUUACUUUGGAAUUUAUUGAAAAGUACUUGAGCGAUGAAGAGGGGAAUCCGAGAAGCGAUGUCAAGGAUUUGGGCGAAAUGGUCAGGAUUGUGGUUUGGUUCCUCACUGUUUGCAGUGUAGUCGUCCAUGGGCUGAGCAUCCCCCUUGGUAAAAUAGGGUACCUCAUGCCUCGGACAAUCUCUCGAGUCUUGAGCGAAACCGUCAGCCACAGUGGCGACAACUCGCGCAUAAGCUCACGCAUAGGGUCACGCAUAUCUUCCGUAUCCAAGUGGCUAUCUAGUAAAAGGGGGGACGCCGAAGCCACAAUCGAUGCUCCCGAUGGAGGACAUCCCCUGACUACCACAACUGUUUCUGGCCCGUCCAAGCCUCACCCUAUGCUUCAUCCCGUACCUUCGAGGCCCGGUGCCAUUGAAGAAGAUGCUCUUUCGCACGAUGAGGAUUCAAUGCCGGCUCGCAGACGCGAGAUUCGGUUUUAUGACGAGCCGGAAGUUGGACCGGCUGAGUGGGCGGUUUCGCAGUCUGAAGCUCCACUGCGUAACGCGUCGCCACCUGGGCAUGGUCUUGCUGAGGCUGAGUCUGCGAAGAUUCGGCCGCUGGGAGAUGUUACAUCAAAGUCAGGAACUCAUUCGCACUCGGAUUAA